GUCGAGCGAGCCCCUUGGGGAUGAAGGUCUGCUGGUGCUGGGGCCAUGGAAGAUUGAUUACCUUUCGCCUGAAGCAGCUGGCCCAGCGACGACGAGCACGAUCGACGAUUCCCGUCCGGAAGCGCAGUAUUUGAGUCGCGAGGCUCGUGCGAGCGCCGAAUUGCGCACUGUGAGUGAUUGAGUGAGUGAGAGAGUGAGCGAGCGCAGGAUUAUCAGCGACGAUUUCGCUUGAAUCGGACCGGACCGAUUCAUCCAAUUUCUGGCAACCGCAUGUAAAUUCACGCGGCGAUUUGGAGACCAGCGUUCGGGAAAUAUGCGGUUCUGGGAGCAGGUUACGGGCAGUGGAGCUGACUCGAAAGAGCCGGAAGGGAGCACGUACGAGCAGCUGAAAAUGACACUGCACUCCAUGAAUCCUUCAUCUCGAAAGCUUCAGGAGUCAGCGACGGCGGUGCUGAAGAACAUGACGCCGCUUCUGCAGAAAUGCCGAUCGAUGUCGUUCAGGAAAAUGCUGAUGCCGAAUGCAGCGGCGGUGAACAGGAGCUCCCAACUAACAGAGCUGAUCAAAUGGCAGCAAGAAAUGUUCCACCGUAUCUUGAAUAUGAUGUGUCUCGUCGAAGAAGGACUGAGCGAGCAAGCGGAGUUGGAUGCGUUUCGUGCCGAACUGUUGCACACUCUGACUACUUCGCACCCAAAUGGAGAGUGGGCUGACUUUACCCGCGACAAGCUGCUGUUUCUGCAGGAUCUUUUCCAAUCAAAAUGUAUCUCGGAAGAGGAGUAUCACCAGGCGAAGCGGCCAAUUCUGUCACGGCUAGCUGAUCAAGGAGCAGAGCUCGACUCGCAGGACUUCAAGUUCAACUCGAAAGCAGUGAGGCAUACUGGCGAAUCAUCGUCAAGAGCAGAAAUGGAGUCCACAAGGAACGUAGCCGAGGUCGCACAAGCUCCAGAGGCAGAAUCGCCUUGUGACGUGCCCGCGAACUCAGGAUCAGCCAAGAAGACACCGAUCAAGCAUGUGAUGGAGGCUAUGGCCCGACUGAAAACUGUGGGCAGUGGGGGUAAGAGUGUUCCAGCAGGCACCGCAGGCAGCGAGGAGAAGCCCAGGGUUCCUCACGCGUUAGAUUUCGUUCGUCGCGACCCCUUCGACUGCCCCACGCGUGACGCUCCCAUCGCCGUGCAGAAGCCUCAGGACGUCCCUCUGGACUCGCCGCUGUACUUCGAUGCCAGCACCGGGUCCACUAGAGAUCUGCUCCCCGAGCUGUCCAACAAUGCUUCCCAAACUCAAGACGUAGAAAUGCCCCAAAGCCCUGGCUCUGUCCCUUCUUCUCCCAGCAUCGCUUCUUUCCUUAGCCCACCUUCAGUUUCCUCGGCCACUCUCGCUGAGCAGUCCAAGUCUCUUCUGAAGCCACCGAGGAAGCUCACUUUCACUCCUUCCAAAUCCACCCUCACUCCUUCUAAGACCACUGUGGGCUUCAGCCGCUCUCAGUCCACCAGAAUAGACUCCUCUUCCUCGCCUGUCGUGGCGAAGCCCGAGAGAUCCCUGAGUCGGAAGUUCACUGGCAUGUUUGGCAAGUGGCAAGGAUGGCAGACUGCAGAAGGGCAGAAGGAGGAAUCAGACUGCGAUGAGGAUGCCGACUCUGAUGACGAGAAGGAGAGGACGCCCAGGAAAACCAGCGUUUGGAAAAAGCUGGAUUUGUUGAGACCUGCCUCUUCUAAGAAGCAGCAGGAAGACGAUGAUGACGACUUUGGCAAGGAAAUUUCUGACAAAGAUCCCCUCUUGAAAGCCAUUGACAAUUAUCCUUCCGAUAAGAUUAAGGGUGGGUACAUCCAUGGACAAGGGCCGGACAUCAAAAAGCUCAAGAAGAAGGUGGCCGUCAGGGCAGCUCCGACUAACUUCUUCAUUGAUCAGGUGCUGGGCGACAAUAUUAAGACUGAACUCGCUAGGAUACGCGCCGAAUUGGCACGAACUAAUCCCGUGGAGCAAGCUUUCACAAACGACCAAAUUGAUGCCAUCGCAACCCGUUUGCCUGUCGACAAAACGGAGCUCAUGCGCUUCUUUCCCAGGUCUUGGUGCGACAGAUACGGUGAUAUUGUUCUCGAAGUGGUGCAUAAGGAGUUCAACACCCAUGUCAGUGAAAUGGAUGGUUUACGGAAGGCCGCGAAAGACAAGAAGGCUGCUGGAGUGAAAAUACCUGUAGGUGAGAACGAUGAGAAUAAGAAAGCUGGAAACCAAACCACUACUGAUAACCCUCCUGUAACGAAAUCUACGCCUCAGAGUAGAACCCCUUCUAGGCCCGUCUCGAGUAAAUGCUACACGACAGACGGGGCAGAGAUGAAAAGUGCUUCUGUACAUCAGCAACGAGAAUUCUCUCCCAUGACCACUCCAGGAGGUCGAGCAAGGCGAGGACUGGGCUUCGAGAAUGACCUCGAUGUGAAACUCGGAGCUGAGAUUUUGAGAAUGCCUUUUAAAAAUUUCAACGACGCUACUAAUGUGCGUUCCUAGCCCGAAGUAAAUAGGUUUGGAUUCAGGUGAAACAUGAAAGGGAAGGCGCAAGUUUUCCUUUACAAGUCCGUCGUGACAGGUGAUGCUGUGUGCAGUUCUUGCACAUAAGCUACCGCUAGGAUAAUGACAUAUACAUAGACAUGCUACUCUGAUUGAGCCAAAUCCUCGGCACUGAUAGAUAGAUGAUAGAAGUGAGAUCCCAAUGAGACGUUUCUCAGAUAGAUUCUUCGUGCUUCGUCUCCUUGAUUGACAAGGGGUAGUCAGCCAGUCGUCCCGCGAUACCGCUGGCCUGUAAUAUAGGUGCUGAAACGCCUUGACAUUGCUUGCGUCUCGGCUUUCGAUUGUUUGCUCGUAGUUCUCCACUUUAUAAGAUCCAUGAGGUGCAUACUUUGUGCAAGUCCUCGUGUGGAUGUUAGCAGUGGAAGCGUAUUGCUUCUCGAAUUCUUGUAAACAUAUAUUUUUUCUGAAUUUGAAAAUAAACUAACUCCAGCUGCACUGCC